AUCUCUGGUAGCUGCGCUGACCCGCUCCGGAAGACCCAGGCCUUCUGUUCCUCCACAACCUUCGGACAAGGAAGAAUGAAGAGCGCUGCCCUGGAUGGAGUACAUCACCCGAGGGGUUUGCGGGCAGGAAGGGUGCCGUGAACGACGGUAUUAUCUGGAUAAUGGCCUCUGGUUCUGCAGGCGGGGUCAUCAACAAGAGGGACGUCAAGUCGAAGAGGAUCCCGAAGACUUUAACACGCAAGGCCGGACAAGUCGCGUAAAGAAGGCUGCAGCGGAGAAGUCUCAAAAGACAUACCGGGGACGCCAGGCCUAUAGUCUAUUUCUGCAAGUCUACCAAUUGAUCCUGUGGAAGCAAUGUCACGCGCUGGUCCAUCACCGCGGCUUUCCGUCCGAGUUGGAGUCUGUUGUUCGCGAUCUUUGGGCGCUCCGAUUGGAGACGUACGCCGAAAAGAUUAAUGAUCCUUCAGAGCAGGAUGAGGAGCCUGAGUUCUUCAGCUCGCAGGUAACCUCAGGGCUGGAUGGAUCCGACGACACCAGGUUCAGAGGAAGGCAGGCUACAUGGCCUCGCCUUAUUGACAGCAUUGCUUUGUGCUAUCUAGGCGCCCUUUUAAUGAGGCUUCCAGUGGGUGUUGGGGAUUUCUAUGGAAUGGUAAUGCGUGGUGAUGUUCCUUUCAUCAGGAUUGUUAAGAUUAUCCCUCGAGAUAUGAGGGAUAAACUGCCACAAGAGUUCAUUUCGAUACUUGAGACCACGAGGCUACUCCAAGCCGAGCACCUUCAUGGCGCUGUCUCAGACCUUCUGCUGCUUUAUCAUAACAAAUUCAACAUGCAAUUUCCAUCUUUGAACUGGCCAGUCUUGUUAUAUAAAUAUGUCAAGAGACUUGCGCUUCCUCUGGAUAUUCACCCGGCUGCAAAGAAGUUGCAGCAUCUUCUAGGGUUCGACUUUGAAUACCCUACAAGCAUAUCUGGAAGGAGAAGGCCACUCCAACUGCCCGAGCUGCAACUAGUCGCUCUGGUUGUCAUCACCACCAAGCUUCUGUUCCCGUUUGACGAUGUUGAAAGAUAUCCCGCGACGGUUGAAGAGCCCACAGUGCAAGUAAUCGACUGGAAUCUUUGGUCUCAGAUACAGAGGCAUUAUGACAAUCGAGAGACGCCUGCGGGUCAGCUUGGCAAGGGAAAGGAGAUAUUGGUGACUGAGAGAGACGUCUUCAGCAUGACGCCAUCCGAGCUCGACGACUAUAUGAAUUGGUACGAGAAUAGCUGGCUUGAUCCAAGUAAAGUAUCAAAUCCCCUCGCAGAUCUCUUUCCGACAGGUCCAAGUGCUGGAGAAAGCCAGACCACAGCUCUUACUCCAGACGUAACAGAUGAGGAAGCUCUUGAUGAAUUGAUCAAGGCGUCCACCAGCCAAUUGAGAUCAAGACAGGUCAUUGCAGAUAAUGACCUGGAAACUCCACGGCCGGGAUGCUCCUACACGCGGUAUCGAACCGAAUCUGACCUUCCGGAUACUGCGAGGUCCUUCUACGAGACAGCUGCCAAGGUAGCCGGUGUUUCCCUAUCUACAUUGAUUAGGGCUGUAUCACAGGCAGAAAAUAAAAUCAACCGGUGGCUUGAAGAAAAGCGGCGGGUUGAGUACUUUGGAUCGAUGGGCAUGGAAUUCACUCGGGACUCUAGUGCGGAUCCAGACAAUGACGAAGAGGGCAUGUCUGAGCUGGAGGAUGGUGAUCUAAGUUGAGCUUGGCGAUCAUAUAUACUAGGGACAUGAGCCAAUUGGGUCCCGUCUUUGAAGUAGUAUAAAAGUAUCAAAAAUAGAAACAUC